CCAGUUCAUCGCAGGGCUGACAUAUACACGAACAACCAGUCCCUCACAUUCACACCUAUGGGCAGUUUAGCUUAACCAAUUAACCUAUCAGUGCAUUAGUCCAUGCAGCCAUGCAUAACCUAAUUGAAAAUAUUGUUUUCCACUGGUGGCAGAAGUUCCACUGUGUGAACUCAUCCUCUAUAUUUUGUUCUUACGAACGCCUUCUGGAAAAAGGUCAGCUUUCUGAUGAUUAAUCCUAUCUAUAAACCUGUAAAUGUCCUCUAUUAUACUGUUUAUCAGUAGGUGUAUCUCUCCUGGCCAGAAAUGUCAACUUUUCUUUCGAAAAUUUUCUUCUCUGUCAUUCCAAAUUUGAAACCAAAUGAAGAUUCUCAAGCUGUUUACACGUUUGGCGGCUUCAUAAUAUCAGUCAUCGAUGUAUGUCUGAAUAAGCUGCAGAGAUGAAGGGCUGUCUGCUUUUGAUGCGGCCCUGCUGUGAUGGUGUUCAAACAAAAUGGAAGGAUUUGUUAUAGAUUAUGAGUUAAGGAAAAUGUUUGGAGUUUUGCCACAAAACAGACUUAUCGAUUUCCUCUGUGUAGAUGGACUGGUACAAUUUUCAUCAUAUUGUGAGGAAGAUUACUGGAAUAUUUUCAUUAUCUUUUGAAGAACAACUCCGCAUUGCAGACUCUUAAUGGUUACAUGCAACACUCCAUUAAAUGGAUUGUCACUAGUAUUUGUCAAGGCACAUAACCGCCACUUCCAUUGGUACACUGCAUCUUUACUUCUGUAAUUUGCUCAUUCAAAAAACAAACAAACAAGGUUUGUGUUUUUCUGAUCUACAGUGAAAGAAUAUGGAUGGAAGCUGUUGAACUGAGUCACGGCUGGAUAUUGUUCAUUAACUGUACUGUAGAUAUUUCUGCUUAUGUGUUGGGAAUGAAGGGAAAACUACUCAGAAAAAGAAAUAUGGGGCAUCUAAUGGCAGUGACAGUAAAAAGUUGCGGGUGGAGGAGGCUCCGCCAUCGCGUGUGCUACACAUCAGGAAGCUACCCAACGAGGCCACGGAUACAGAAGUCAUCGCCCUUGGCCUGCCCUUUGGAAAAGUCACCAACAUCCUCACCCUGAAGGGGAAGAAUCAGGCUUUCUUGGAGAUGGGAACAGAGGAAGCAGCCAUCACUAUGGUUAACUACUACAGCACCGUGACGCCUCAUGUCCGCAACAUUCCCGUCUUCAUUCAGUACUCAAAUCACAAAGAACUUAAAACAGAUUCUGCCAAUCAGCGGACUCAGGCGGUGCUCCAGGCGGUCUCAGUGGUCCAGUCUGGUGGUUCACCCAGUACAGAUGUCCAGGAGGUCCUCGGUGCAGCCUCCAGUCCGGUGCUGCGGAUCAUCAUCGACAACAUGUUCUAUCCGGUCACCCUAGAUGUCCUGCAGCAGAUUUUCUCAAAGUUCGGCACAGUCAUGAAGAUCAUCACAUUCACCAAGAACAAUCAGUUCCAAGCCCUCCUGCAGUUCAGUGACCCUGCCAAUGCACAACAGGCCAAACUGGCUCUGGAUGGCCAGAACAUCUACAACUCAUGUUGCACACUGCGCAUCGACUUCUCAAAGCUGGUCAAUUUGAAUGUCAAGUACAACAACGAUAAGAGCCGCGACUACACACGACCUGAGCUGCCGGCCGGUGAUGGCCAGCCCACCAUCGACCCCGGUGUGGCCGCUGCCUUCAGUAAAGACUCCAGCUCCCUCCUCGGUAAGAUCCCAGGAGCUCUGAACCCUCUGAGCGCGGCGGCGGCGGCUGCUGCUGCUGCAGGGAGGGUGGCCUUAGCUGGACAGGCGGGGUCCAGCGGGGUCCUGCUGGUCAGCAACCUCAACGAAGAGAUGGUUACGCCCCAAAGUCUGUUUACCCUCUUCGGAGUGUACGGCGAUGUCCAGAGGGUGAAAAUUCUGUACAAUAAGAAGGACAGCGCACUCAUUCAGAUGUCAGACGCCAACCAGGCCCAGUUAGCAAUGAGCCACCUGAACGGCCAGAAGAUGUAUGGGAAGAUCAUCCGAGUGACGCUGUCCAAGCACCAGACGGUGGCGCUGCCUCGCGACGGACUGGACGACCAGGGGCUCACCAAGGACUACGCCAACUCACCGCUGCACCGCUUCAAGAAACCUGGAUCCAAGAACUUCCAGAACAUUUUCCCACCGUCAGCCACGCUCCAUCUGUCCAACAUCCCACAAGACGUGACGGAGGACGACCUGCGGCUGCUCUUCUCCAACGCUGGAGGCACCGUCAAAGCCUUCAAGUUUUUCCAGGAUCGGAAGAUGGCGCUGAUCCAGAUGUCGACGGUGGAGGAGGCCAUCCAGGCGCUGAUCGACCUCCACAACUACAACAUGGGCGGCAGUCAGCACCUCCGAGUGUCCUUCUCCAAGUCCACCAUUUAAACAAUGUAACCAACCCCCCACCCCUCCGUCCUGACGGCAGGACCACGUCUGGUACCGCCUCCUCCGGACUGGGACCACCCCCACAGAUUGGAUGUGGACACCGGUGUGGUGGUGGUGGGGGGGCACAUGCUGACGGCUUGAUUUGAUUGAAUUGAUGUUGAUCCUGUCAUUCCUUGUUCCUUGAGACUCGAAGCUCGUUUAUUUUAAAGCUGAGUACAGGGGCUGCAGACCCCCCCCCCCCCCCCCCCCCCAUUAUGUGUGGACGUCCAGACUGUCAACUUCACCGAUCGUCCCCUGUAUCAUAUUUGGAUGUAGAUCAAUGUCCAAUCCUUUCCUCCGUCGAAAACGUACAGUACUUAUGUGCCUUAUUGAUAAUAUCAGCUGUUUCUACGGUCGGACAUGUUUGUUCAUACACUUCUCUGCUUUUGAGGCACAUUGGGUUUUUUUUUUUUUUGGGUGGGGGGGGGUUAGUGAGAAUGAAUGCAAGCUGUUUUAUCAUCUUCAACACAUGAUAAUACUUUGUGAAGCUGUGCCGCCAACCAGGCGAAGCUUUUUUUUUUCCCUCUUGUUUUUGUUCCAGAGUUUUAGAUUUAUAACAUUUCCUAUUAGUUUCGCAGCAGGAGAGAAAAAUAUUCCUGAGGCAAGAACAUGUAAAAGAGUUUUUUUCCAGCAGCCGGCAACAGGCACGCUAACUUGAAUUCCAUUAUUCCAAAAGUUUCCUUCAGUGUACGAUUGUUCUCCCUCGGUUUCCAAACUCUGUAGAUAAAACGUGGCUUUUGAGUAUUUUCUUUAUGUACUUUUUUUUUUUUAAAAGGCGUUCAUGCUUUUUCUUUUGUUGUUUCUUUCCGUAGCGGUCGAUCAGCUGUUAACUGUCAGUGACGGUGGUUUUUUCAGAGCAUGUUUUAGUUCCAGUAAGGUUCAGAAAAGUGUUGCAUGUGUGGAAGCUGUUCGGAGUCCACUGUGAUCCUCAUCGUCAUGUGACCAUUUUAUCGGAGAGAGGGCUACUCAUCGGACCAAAGUUUCUGUGCCUUUAGUGAGUGUUCUUGAAUUAAUUUCACCCCAAGGGGAAAAAAACACAAAACAAGCAUUUGUAGGAGAAAAUUCCCAAGAUUAUCAAGUGUUUAGUUGAUUCCAUCUUGUUUUUUUUUUUUUUUUUGUUUUUUUUUAAUGUGCAGCAGCAUCUCUUUGACCUGAGCUGUUUCAAGAUACCAUAGGAAUGUAUAUUUUUUCCUUAAAGUCCAAUUUUUAUACAUACAAUAUUGUAAGAAUACGGUCUAGUCUGGAAGAGGCCCAAUUAAAGGAUGGCUCAUUUUCUACCGAGGUGGGCUUCCACUUGGUUUCCUGUACCCCCCCCCCCCCCCCCCCCCGUGGUGCUGGUCUGGUGUGUAUUCUGCAUUACCUCUGUAGCAUGCCUAAUAAAACUGCUGUAGCUCUGCAUUCA